GAGGAAGGGGGCGGGCUCUUAGGGGGGAAAAUGGCGCCGAGCGCGAAAAAGCGUCCGGUGGCGGCGGCCAAGAGGAAAACCAACGUCCUGAGGAGCUUACACCGCCUCAAGAUUACCGGACAGUUCUCCCACCGAAUGUUCCAGAACCUGCCGCCGAUAUUGUGCGUCCCGCUAAAAAACAUAGUGGACGAUGUGUUUUUGCUCGCGGGGCAUAUAUUCCUCGGAUUCACAAAAUGUGGGCGAUAUGUGCUGUCCUACACCAGGGAACAGGUGUUUGAUGAGUUACCGGAUUACGUGUAUUACCUUUACUGGUGGAAAUUCAACAUUCACGACAAACUGAAACAGGUGCGGCAGAUCCGCUUGUUCAAGGAUCAGGAAGUGUACAGCGACCUGUACCUGACUGUCUGUGAGUGGCCUAGUGACCCAACAAAGCUCAUCGUCUUUGGCUUCAAUAUCCGCUCCGUCUAUGACCUGCUGAUCAACAUGGUGAUGAGCGACGAAAACGACCGAGAUAUUUACAUUACAGCUGUGGCUGCUCCUCCCUUCACCCAGUGCCCGGACUGCCGUGACACAGCCCUGCUCACCACAGACGACCCGAACACUUGUUGCCUUCAGCACGGCUUCAUGCUUCACACCAAGUUCCAAGUGGUCUACCCGUUCCCCACCUUCCAGCCCGCCUUCCAGCUCAAGAAAGAUGGCGUUGUUUUACUGAACACCAGCUACUCGCUCGUUGCGUGCGCCAUAUCUGUCAACACAACAGGAGACAAGGGCCAGGUUCUGUACAGUAAGAGCUGUGAGAGCCAGGAGCGAGCAGGAGAGGUUGAGGAGGAGCCGGUGAAUGAUAGCCUCACCCCCUCCCCGCCCCCCCAUCCCCACCGGGGGCCGUGCGAGGCUCCAUGCCUGUCUGCCCCAGGCCAGUGCUGUACCCUGCACCGAGCCGAGCCGGGGGGCUGCUCCGAGGGGGAGAUGUCCGGGUGGGAAUUCCGGGAACGUAAACACCAGGCGCCGGGCGAGAGCAAGGCCAAGGAAUUCGCGGCCGAUAUUUUCCGGCGAGCGAGGGCUGCCACAAACGGCGGCGUUCCCGAGGAGACCCUCAGGCCGGGCGGCGGGGGAGCGGGAGCCGGGCACGGGGAGGAUGUUCCCGGACACGGACACGAGGGACCGGCAGCGAGCUCCGUCCUCGCUCCAGCCGGCGGGAGCUCGGAGCUUCCCGUGGCUGCCGGCUGCACCUGCCCGGGUCCCGGGGGCAGCCAGGGGCCUGCAGAUAGGCCCCGGGGCCGAGCUCAGGCAGAGCCGGGAGCCUGGGAUACCGGCAGCCCCCACCCCGACAAACCCCAGCCACACAACAGCCCCCACCCCGACACCGAGCCCGGAUACGUCAACUACACCAAACUGCACUAUGUCCUGGAACCGUCAGCCAACACUGCACAGGACGAUGGCUACGACGAUGACAAGAUCUCACUGCCUUUCGUGGUAACGGACCUGAAGGGAAGAAAUCUGAAGCAGGUUAAAGAGAGCGCCUCGUAUCAGGGCAAGUACCUGACGGUGGAGCAGCUGAUACUAGAUUUCGAGUACGUGAUCAAUGAGGUGAUCAGGAAUGACGCUGCCUGGUCAAAACGCUACUGCUCUUUCAGUGACUAUGACAUUGUUAUCCUGGAGGUGUGCCCCAUAACCAACCAUGUUAUCAUUAACAUAGGCCUGCUGCUGUUAGCAUACCCUUCCGAGGAAGAAGGACAAAUCAGACCAAAGACCUACCACACGUACCUGCGGGGGGCUUGGAACCUGAACACGGGGGUCUUUGCUACCGUAGGGGUAGGUGACUUGACUGCCGUCCAGGGACAGACCAGCGGCAGUGUGUGGAGUACAUUCAGGAAGAGUUGUGUGGACGUGGCUAUGAGGUGGCUGGUUCCCGAGAGCAUCUUCCGCAACGUCAAUCGCAUGACAAACGAGGCCCUGCACAAAGGCCGGUCACUGAAGCGACUGACGGACAUCGGACGGAGUAUGUGGAUUGUUCUGUAGCCCGGGUUCGUCGGGGUGGG